AUGGUGUCCCGAGAUGGAGCUGCGAUCCGCGUCUCGUCCUUGCUUGUCGACGGGCGCCUCCUCGGCUUCAUCUUCAUCCUCCCCUUCUUCUUCCUCCGUCUUGUCCUUCUUCCUUCCCACCGCGGCGUAUGCCUUCGUCACCAGCGCCGUUCCAUCUACACCCGCCGCUACAGACAAAAUUCUUGCAUCAUCUCUUCAGAGUCCCGUGCGAUCUCCCGGUACGUUCUCCGCAAGUUCAAGACGCCCGACGCCGGCACCAACAACCUCCUUCGUGACGGUGACCUCGAAGGAUCGGCGCUCGUCGACGCCUGGCUGGACGUGGAGGCGCUGCUGUACGAGCCGGCGGUGCACGCGGUGUUCGUGCAACACCGCGUCGUCCCGGCGCUCGGCGGGGUGCCCGACGAGAAGGUCAUCGGCGAGAGCGUAGAGAAGCUGAGGAAAGUGCUGGAGGUGUACGAGGCGCGGCUGGGCGAGCGCAGGUACCUCGCCGGCGACGAUGUCAGCCUGGCGGACCUGAGCCACUUCCCCUACACGCACUACUUUAUGGGGAUGCCAUACGCGGCGGUGUUCGACGCGUUCCCCCGCGUCAGGUCGUGGUGGCAGGACCUCAUGGCCCGCCCGGCGGUGCAGAGGGUCGCUGCGAUGAUGGACGGCCAGUGAUCUGGUUGGUGAAGAAGGCGAUAACAAGAAUGGUUCUUGUCACUGCUAUGAAAGAUUGCCUCGGCGUCGAAAAUAAAGAAAGUGUUUUGCGUGGUCGGUGUGUUCUUAAUAAUAAGGAUUUUUACCCAAUAUAUAAUAAUCUUAUGAUGGCUCUGACGUCGACUUGCUUGACAAGUGAAAUAGUCAACACUCUACAACGCUCGCGUGACAGAUAGAUACUGUAUCCAUGACAUAAAUGGUCCCUGAAUCUUGAUACGCACAGCACC